AUGUUCCAGCAGCCGCUGGACAUGCAGCCGCCGCAUCCGCCGCCGCCAGUGCCGCCGGUUCCCGCGCGGCGGCCUCUGCUGAAGACAGCGCCCAGGCUGGGCGCCGUGGCCAGAGCGGUCACCGCCGCCAACAGUACGUCGCGAUCCGUCGGGGAGAGGGUGAUGUACGCCCGCAAGCAGCGGCUGGUGCUGCAGAAGAACCCCGUCACCGGCGGCACGCCCAUCACGCCGGAGGAGGCAGUGACGCUGCGGCAGGUGACGUUCGGGUCUGCGCUGGUGCCGCCGCGCACCGACUGGCUGCGCUCGGGGCUGGUGUUCCGCGAGCCGGAGCAGCCGCUCGGCUUCGGGCUGGUGGCGGCCCGCAGCACCACGGGCGGGCUGCUCAGCGUGGUGCAGGCGCAGGUCAUCAAGCACCUGCUGUUCGACAGCGCGCCCAGGGACGCGCAGCGCAAAGUCGACGAGCUGCUUCGACCCACACUGAUGCAGCAGCAGGAGGCCCUAAUUCAUGCUAUCAGCAUAAUUUUGUGGCGUGCUGGAGAGAAGACAUGCAGCCGAGUUUGCUUACCACAAGAUCUUCCCAUUGUUGCAGCAUCACAGAACUUCUUGCCUGAUGGAGUAACUGAAAAGCUGCACCUGUAUGAAUUUACCACCUUAGAGGAUCUACAGAUCUUCAUCAAACGCUAUAGUUACAUGUUUCAGGAAGAGACAGGACCAGGAAUGAUGCUUCUGCUGUACAGUGCUGUGCUCUCUCGUGGACCAAGCAAGGUGAUGAAAGAUCUAGACAAUGACAAAGCUUUCCUAAUGGGAGCAGCAGAAGAGGGUUCUCACUGUGUUAUUAUGCUUCUACUCACUGGCCGAGCCACGCCUUAUCUUCACAAUGGGGUCAUUUAUGUAGGAGAUGAAGACCAUUAUGCAUUACCACAAUUUGGAGUGCUGGCUCGGACAGAAGUAGGUCUUCUUUGGGAUGAAGCUACAGGGAGUGAUGACGAAUCUAGAAAACCUGGUUCUCGGCUAAAGACACCAUCUCUUCCUGUAUGGGUCAUUAGAUGUGCAGGUCAUUAUGGUGUUAUUUUCAGUACCAACCGCGAACUGCUACGCAACUACCAUGCAGAGAGAAGGUUUGAAUUACAGUAUUAUACUUGUGAAGGUGGUUACUGCCAAAUGACAGUUGACACACGCUAUGAGGAAGAUCAGAACAGCUCUAAGGAAACAAACAGAGAAAAUUCUGUAAUACCACAAUUAGAAAAAGUAAUACAUACAAAGUAA